GUAGCCCGGCCUUUAAAAUUUUGUUGCUUAGCACACUCAUAAUCAACAAUACUUUGUUUAUAUUUAAGUAUUCUGUGAAAGACUUAGUCAAUGUUUCCUGGGUAUGGUCGACUGCUAUUAGAUAUUUUGUACAUUUGCUUCUUUUUAAAUGCUGCCUCUAACAUUAAUUAAAGUGUAUAUUCUAGCUAAUCAUUUGGUCACUCACGCGUCGUGAUUAACAGCCGAGGGUGAGCUUAGUAGUGCCACUACUUCUAAGAACUGUUGAAGUGCUGGCCGCAUACAUGAUUGUUGUGCGGUAGAAUACGCUCGAUGGGCAAAUUUGCGCACCUAAUUAGAUUCUGCACAGCAAACUAUAUUUUGAGGACAGGAUAGGAAUUGGAUAUGGGAAAAUAUUUAUCUUAUGUUUUCGAAGAAAAUGUUGGUCAAUAGAAUAUGUCUUCUGUGACCAGCGCUUGAAGGUGAAAACUAAAAUAGUCAGUAACCAAAUGAGAAAUUGAGUGCAUUAGAUUCAUACAAAUAUUCUUCCUACCAGUACAUCUAAUCCAAAAUUGUAAUCAUAUCGAGAUCCUACACUAGGUAAUCUUGACUAGGACACUACAUGAUGAUAGGGCGAGGUCACUCUUCUUGGUUCGCGAAUGCAGCGGGCAUAAUGCUGCUCGAAUCGCAGGGAUCUUCGCAGCUGGUUGGAACACGACGGAGUCGAGCAACACAUUUAAUAAAUGUAACAAUAGUGAAAAUAAUGAUAAAAAUAGUUUAUGACAAUAAUAAUACUCUUUUGCAUAAUAUUUCUCUAACAUUCUAAUGAUUCAUUUCUACAGAUGAAUACGUAAUUUAUAGAAGACAAUUUAUCCAACAUAACAUUAAGGUAUGAUGUUUGUAGUAUCUAUGGAUAGAUAAUGAUCUCGGUAGCGAUGAUGAUAUUCCAAUCGCCGUUUGUUCAUAAUUGUUUCUGCUUUACGCUGACGCUUGAACGAUGUUUAGCAGUGGGGAGAGUUCGAGUGGUUUUGCAAACUUAUCUGCUGAUUUGUGGAAUACGCUCACCAACACUAGAACAGCAGUGUAGAUAAAAGCGUGUGAUGGUUGCUUUCCUAUUUAAAGAUGGGAAGUUUGUUACAGCAAGACAGUUUGGUUGACGCUGUUAAAGCAAACGUAUAUCAACAUCACGUUAACUUUUGUAAACUUGCGAAUAUUUAAAGUGUAUUACCAGUAUAAUGUACAAUCAAGACGAGCUUGAGGCUCCGGGUUGGUUGAACGACGAGUUCUUCCGUGAUGUGAUGCGCGAAUCAAAUAACGAUCCAACGAUCGAGUUAAUAAAGUCAUGUGUUUUACGUCCGGGCACCAAUAAAGGGGACCAUUACGCUAGUGUCAUGUUUCGCACGACCGUCACCUAUCGAUCCCAGCGUUCAAAUGAAGAGAUGUCGGUCAACAUCAUCAUGAAAACGAAGCCAGAAGCUGACGGAUUGAAGAAAGAGCUUUUGGAUGACGAUGGAUUGUUUGCGAUUGAAAUUGAAAUGUACAGCAAGGUUCUUCCGGAGAUGACAAGAAUGUUAAAAGAGAUAGGAGAAGAGUACAAAUAUCCUCGAUACAUUUACGGUGCGUUGAAGCCCCGCACGAUCCUGAUUUUGGAAGAUAUUAGUGACCAGGGAUGGGUGAUGGGCGAUUUCAUCAGCACGUUGGACGAUAUGAAGCCAAUAGUAAAGGAUAUUGCUAUGUUUCACGCUGCGUCCGUGAUGUUGGAAAGCGCUGACUCAACAUUUGCUGAAAGACACACUUAUUCAAUGGGGGACAAGUUUAUAGGGUUUGAAGGUAUGAUCACCAAGGGCUUUGGGGAUCUGAUGCACCUCACAAAGAGGUAUCCGGAGUUUGCACACUUUGCAAAGCCAUUGCAAAAGUUCCAGGAUAAUAUACGUGAUCUUUACGUAUCAUUUUACAACCAUUCGAAGACGUAUCAAAACGUGUUGAUACAUGGAGAUUUUCAUAGUAAAAAUAUGCUGCACAAAAUCGAUGCUGAAGGACGACACACCGAUACGAUACUGCUUGAUUAUCAGAUCUGUUGCUGGACCACACCGGCGGUUGAUUUGUACUAUCUACUGGAUAUGAUACCGACUCAAGAGGUGAAGGACAAACAUCGGUCUGAGUUGAUAUAUAUGUAUUAUCAACAGUACAGUGAUUUACUGAAGCGGCUAGGAUAUCUUGGGAAAAUACCGUCCUUGCUGGAUUUGCAGAUAGAGCUUCUACGGUAUGCUUCGCUAGAGCUAAUCCACUACGCAAUCUUUAGUUCGUUCCGCUACAUGGAUCAAACAGCGAUCGAUAUUGAGGCUUUGCUUAAGGGAGAGCUAGAUAAUCCCGUCCUCAACAAUCCAGAGUUCAAGAAGCUAAUGCAUACCGAGCUAACGCGCUUCCUACAUCAAGGCACACUAUCAAGCGUUUAGUAUUUCUGUGUGCGAAUGGACUGUAUCUUUUACGUCAGACCAUGUGAUUAAAAUCGUUUGAUAAAGCAGUUGCUAGCAGAGCAAGAAUCGACUGUGCAAGUAAUCGUUCGAAGCGUGCCAGAACAACCCACGAUAUCAGCCAGCAUAGAUUCGCAAAGUCAUUUGUACGCGACUGUCGUGCGGUGCUGGUACAGAACGCGUGGCAGUUUUGGCUGAGAUAGUGUAUGGUGGCAAAGAUGAUAAUGGGUAUCUGCAAUAAAAUGAUUGAUAAAGAGAGAA